UUCCCAGCCCGGCGUCGGCGACGAGGAGCGACCCGCAAUAAAACAGCACGCAGGGCUGUGCCUGCUUGCUCGCUUGCUUGCAGCGGAUGCCUACUACUUGCGACAGGCAGCAGCCAGCCAAACUGAGUCUGUGGAAUCGGUUGCCAGGGUCGGCGAGCAGCGGCUCCCGGAAGUCCUUUGCCCCUUUGGUAACAAUGGAGCGACGGGACCAAUACGGCGCUCCUUCCGGUUUCGAUCCCGCCCGCCGCGCUCUCCUUUACCAAGUUUGCCUUUGACCCCGGAAGUGAGGUCUUCCGCCUUCCUCCCUCCCCCAAGAUGGCAACGGCUGAAGACGAGUUACUGCUGCCGCGGCUCCCCGAGCUGUUCGAAACCAGCAAACAGCUUCUAGACGAAGUGGAAGUAGCGACUGAACCCACCGGUUCCCGAGUGAUCCAGGAAAAGGUGGUCAAGGGACUAGACCUCCUUAAGAAGGCUGCCGAAAUGUUAUCGCAGCUCGAAUUGUUCAGCCGAAAUGAAGAUUUGGAAGAGAUUGCUUCCACCGACCUGAAGUACCUGAUGGUGCCAGCAUUUCAAGGAGCGCUCACCAUGAAACAAGUCAACCCCAGCAAGCGUCUAGAUCAUUUGCAGUGGGCUCGAGAACACUUUUUAAACUACUUAAUUCAGUGCCAGUACUAUCAUGUGGCAGAGUUUGAGCUGCCCAAAGCCAAGAACAACUCAACUGAUAACACUGCUAGUUCCUCCAUGGCCUAUCCUAGCCUCGCUGAUAUGGCAUCUCAAAGACAGGCUAAAAUAGAGAGAUACAAGCAGAAGAAGGAAUUGGAGCAUAGGUUGUCUGCACUGAAAUCUGCUGUGGAAAGUGGUCAAGCAGAUGAUGAGCGUGUUCGUGAAUAUUACCUCCUUCACCUUCGAAGGUGGAUUGGUAUCAGCUUGGAAGAGAUUGAGAGCAUUGACCAGGAGAUGAAGAUCCUGAGAGAAAAAGACUCCUCAACAGAGGCAUCAACUUCUCAUUCACCUCGUCAGGACAGGCCUCCAAUGAAACCCUUCGUUCUCACUCGGAAUGUGGCCCAAGCCAAAGUAUUUGGAGCUGGUUAUCCAAGUCUGGCAUCUAUGACGGUGAAUGACUGGUACGAUCAGCAUCGGAAAUACGGAGCAUUACCAGAUCAGGGCAUAGCCAAGACACCACCAGCAGAGCUCAAAAGAAGUACUCAGCAACAGGAAGAUCAGGAACAGAAGGAGGAGGAUGAGGAUGAUGAACAAACACUGCGCAGAGCUCGGGAGUGGGAUGACUGGAAGGACACCCAUCCUAGGGGCUAUGGCAACCGACAGAACAUGGGUUAGUCUUCCCACAACAAGACGGGACUCCAGGGGUCACAUCUUCCCUGCUGAGGAAAGCGGUGCCGUCUUCCCCUCCCUGAGCUGCUUCAGCUGUGUGCAACAAAGGCAAAGAUGCUCAAUCUCGCUUUGCAUUCAAUAAAGUGUCAAACAGUUAAGCGUGUAUUUGUACCCCAGGUAAUCUUGUUUUGGCAUUCUCCUCCUCGUGGUGUAUUCCAGUUUCUUAAGUGGAAAGAAAAAAGUACUGGGAAGUGGCUCUGUAUAAUCAGUGGCUGUAUGAAUUCUCUUUAAAAAAAAUAAUAAUAAUAAAAGUCCGUUCUGUUA